AUGGGUAAUUACUCUUCCAAUUAUAUAAGUAUACAAGAUAAAGAAGUUUCUCAGUAUAAUUACUUUGCUUAUGGUGGUAUAUACCUAGAUCGCUAUGGUGGUUCAAUAGGACUUAACUUCAACAAUAAGUAUUAUGGCUCUUCUAUUAAGGCUUUAAUCAAAAGUAAAAACAUCACAGAACUUUUACAAGAUAUUAAUGAUCUGAACCAACAGAUAGUACAGCUACAAGAAAAUAUUAAAAUAUUAAAUAAUAUAGUUAAUUUGAACUCUAAAGGCAAAAUAAGCAAUAAUAUAUAUGAUAACCCUGAAACAGAAAAAUUCAAUACAUUUCAGAAUUGGAUUAACAUUUUAUUUAGUACAGAUAAAAAUUUAUGUGUUUUGGAUUUAUCUGAUGAUUAUAAAGAAAAAAUAAUAAGUAAAGGUAUCCAAAACUGGGGAUUUAAAGAUCAUAACCAUUUAUGUAGCUCUAAUAAAAUACAGAAGUGUUACUUUAAUAUUAGUCAAUAUCUUUACAACUUAUAUUUAGAUGAUAUACAUAAUCUAAUAAUUAAGAAAAGAGAAAUACAAACAAAGAUAUUUUAUAUUUCUGAUUUAUCAAAGAAAAUUGCCAAAAUUAUAUAUAGUCAUUUAAUAUGUAAAGGUUCUAAUAUAUUGGAUAUAGGUAAAGGUAUAAUUCAACAACAAAUAUAUGACAAUGACAAUUCUUCAGUAGAUAUAAACAAUUUACUACAAACAGUGUCUACUGAAGAUGAAGUUUAUUUUCUACAAGAUGAUGAACAAAAAUGUAUAGUAGGUGAUAUUCUAAACAUAUACAAAUUUAUUCUGGAUCAUAACUUUAAUAUCAACUUUCAGAAUUUUAUCUGGAUGAUACAAGGAGAAAACCAGAUACUCGAUAACUAUACUUUAUACUAUAUUGGAGAGGUUUUUAGUAUAAUACUUAAUGGAAAUAGAGAUGAUAAAUUUGUACUAUGUAAACAGAUUAUUUCUGAAGAUACUCUGUAUGAUAGUAAUGUCUGUAAUCACUCUGAGAUCUUAGAAAUGAAAAUCGAUCUGUUAAAUUUUCUUCUAUAUACUCCUAUUGAAAUUGUAAAGUUAAUAUAUAAUAGAACUUAUUAUACAUUUAAAACUAAGAAAUACAGAUACAGGUUACCAAUAUAG